AUGAACUCAGACUCAGACAAAGAUACCGAUGACGAAGAAACGAAUGGCAACGAACAAGAAUCCGAUGAAAAUGAUGACAUUGCAUUUAUCGCAAAACUAAAAUCAAGUCGAACAUUAGCGAGUAUUCUGAAAACGAUUGACUUCGCUGAUGAUGCAAUCUUUUGUGCUCUACCCACUGGAAUAAA